CUCUUACUGUCGGGGGACUCAAAUCUCCGGCCCAUAGUGAACGCAGGUGCUCGCUCGGCGCCCGGUUUCUGGAAUUUCUCGACGCUGUACUGAUUUGGAGCUGGUCCACCACCUGUAACAAAGUGAAGCACUGAACGGAUCAACUUUCCAUUGCUCCUGACUUGAAGGACGCAGAGGUUUAACAAUAUUUAAGGAUGAUGAACGCCAGUAAGAUGUCCCUAUCACCGCCUAUGGUCAACUGCACAGAACCCGUAUGCAAUUCGUCCUUGACCGAAGUGGAUCACGACCUAUUGCUGCAGGAGAACGACAGGCAUGCACUCCAGUACAUCCCGGUGAUGAUCUACGUUGCCAUGCUCAUGGUCACCGGCGUCUUUGGCAACGGCUUAGUCGUCUACGUCUAUCGACGUCGCUUCAAGAAGACAUCUUCCAAUUACUUUAUCCUGACCAUGGCCAUAUUCGACCUUGUCGCCUGCUUGGUGGGGAUGCCCACUGAGAUCUACGACCUGCGCUACCCGUACGCCUUCUACAGUUCAUCCGGAUGCAAGAUCUUCCGGUUCGCGGAGACGUUUUCGAUAUAUGGGUCUGCGUGUGUCUUGCUUGAAAUAGCCUUUGAUCGUUACUUCAAAAUCUGCCGUCCGCUGAUGGUGAUCAGCUUGUUUAAGAUCAAGAUGCUGUGUAUUCUUGCAGCGGUUAUGGCCCUUGUUCUUUCGGCACCCGCAGCAGUCAUCUUCGGCAUCAGCCACCCCAUCAUCCCCAACACGAACAUCAUGGGCUACGACUGCUCCAUCGACAAAGACUACAAAAACAAGGUGUUCCAGAUAGUCUAUUACGGCGUUCUGAUGUUUAUCUUCGUGGCAUUUCUUCUGAUCCUAACGGUCCUGUACAUUAGGAUCUGGAUGGAGAUACGAAGCCGACAGAAAAUGGUGAUCGGAGACCAAAUCUCCAAACCGACAGAGGAAGUCCAUGAGAGGAAGAAGAUGCGAGUCAAGUACCUCCCUAGCGUGAGCGACGAAGACUCUUGCAACAACAGCAACGGCCAUACUGUCUCCGCUACUCAAACCGUACGCUCCCGUUUCGCAAGCUUGUCCGCGUAUGCCUCCAAACUCCACGUAAGUCGUACGACAAUCGUACUUUUCGCCGUGACCGUAGCCUUCCUUAUAAGCUAUUUGCCUGCUAUUGUCAUUAUGAUCAUCCGAUCUGUGGACAAAAGCAUAGAAGAGACUCAGAGCACCACGGCUGCCGUCACAAGCAAGCUCUUCUCAAAGUUCUUUCUCAUCAAUAACGCAAUUAAUCCAAUAAUCUACAGUUUCUUAAACAUUAACUUCAGACGCCAGGCUAAAAUAGCUAUCAAGAAAAUCCUAUGUUGUGAACGAAGGAGAAGGCGAUACCCCCAGAAAUGUGACUCUGACAGAAGCACGAAGAAGGAAAUGAUUCCUAUUGACUGUUGACAUUGCUCGAGUAGCUUGUAAGUGUAUUAACACCGACUAUAGCGAACCCCGCCACACCGGAACUCAUCUUUUCCGGACGAUUACUGUUGGUCACGCCUCUACACAUAAGAGGAUCGUAUCCAAAUACCCAUGAUUCUUUAAUCAGACAUCUGUUAAUCCGGACGAUUUCAACGGGGACAGACCGUCCGGAUUAACGAGGUUUUAGUGUAUACACCUCAUGAUUGAGAUGGCCGGCCCAUCUCUUCGCAUUCCUGUAGUAUACAUGCUUGUGUUUGCAUAGAACUACCUGGUUGUAUUAAUAUGAGUAGUUCUGUUUGUUGUGUAUGCUAUUUGUGAACAAUGUCUACUGCGUCACAAAAUAUAUAUACUUAAUUCAUGUAAAGGGGAACAUAUUCAUCCUAUAUAUGGAGGCACGGGCCCAGUCGUCUAAGGUGCAGAGUUGCGUCCCCUUGGAUACCAGAAACAUGUGGUGCUCGGUUCGAAUCCCAGAGUGCCUUGGUUAUGUUUCUUGGUUUGUCAGCACCAUAUCCGUGCUCGUGGAUUUCACCUGGGGUGGUAAAAGUCCCACACGACUCCCACAUCAAGCUGACACGCCGUAAUGUAACUUAAAUACUGUUAAAUACGGCCUUAAACAAAACCACUUUCUCAUACUAUAUAUUUUAAUUAUUUAACCAUUGAACAUAUUUUAAUUACAUAUAUAGAGAGGCAUUGUACAUACACCGGGCUAUUUUGUCUCAGUUAUGUCUCCUAGUAUUUUCACGUCUUUAGAAUUCACGCCCGGUAACCAGUUUUACAUGGAAUAGGAUGUGACGAUAGAUUAAUGAGGUGAGGUGAAAUGGGGUUUAACGUCGCGUCCAAGAUUAUUGCACUUAUAUAGCGACGUACGUGCACGUGUGUGUGUUUGUGUGGCUGCUUGUACUAUUCCGGACUGAUGCCGA